AUGACCAAACCCAGCACUUCUGCAGCACAAGACGUUGGACAGAAGAAUUACGCUGCUGUGGUUGCUCCGAGAACAAAGCGUCCUGACUUGCCGGCCCACAAGUAUCAAGCCCUUAACGCUAAAACUGGAGGGGACGUGGACUUCCUGCCUAUUCCUAAGGAAUUCUAUAGACAACAGGUCGAUGAAUUCAAGUUCGCGCUCAUUGGGCGACUGAUGAUACGAAAAGGUGUUAAACCUCGUUUAACACAUGAAUUAAAAGCUGAGCUCCAAAGUCUCUGGAACAUCCCUAAUGACUGGCAGUUAAUAACUAUGGGGAAAGGUUUUUUCACUCUUAAAUUUCGUUCGUUGGAGGACAAGAAGACUGCGAAGACCAAUCAGAUUCAGGAAUUGAUUGACGGACAAUUGCGUCUCCGUGAGUGGGUCCCCAAAUUUAAUCCUUAUAAGGAAGUCUCAUCCAUAGCACAAACUUGGGUACAUAUCUAUUACUUACCUAUUGAACUGUGGCACCCUGAAGUUAUUACUGCGAUUGGCCGUUACUUGGGAAAUCCCAUAAAGGUUGAUGGAUGCUCGGGGGCAGGUGAAGUAGGACACUAUGCCCGUGUCUUGGUGGAGAUUGAUAUGUCUUUGCCUCUCAAAGAUGGUUUGAGAAUGGAUGAAGAUGAUGGUGCUUUUCAAACUCAGGACAAGGGACAUAAUGGAGACAAGGAUACUAGUAUUGGCGUCAAUGAACCCAAGAAACCAGAUAAGGAGUGGCAAUCUAAGGAGAAUAGCAAAAAGGGUCAGUUGCAUGAAACUAACUCUGGUAAUAGAUUUGAGGUCCUCGAAAAUAUCAACAAUGAAGAUUCUAAUGGGAGAAUCUCAGGCCCGGACUUGCUUGAAAAAGCUUUUACUGUUGCGGUGGAGGAUUCGGUUCAGGACAAUAGUCUACAGGACUCUUUGGAGGAUACACGAGAGAUGGAAUUGGUUGUCAAAGGGGCUGAUGUGAUGGUGGUGGAUACGGAAAAUUCACAGAAGGAAACCUCUGCGAAUGAGCCCAAGGCCGACGACAGGGAUGAGAGGACUACUCAGGUGGCGGAUACAACUUGUGAAAGUGAAAGGGGUGAUGAUACUACUGCUCUGAAAGCUCUAGCUAUGGAAAAUGCUUUGAAAAUCCAGAAACUUGAGUCGUAUAUUGUCGGCCUCUCCUCUGAGGAUACUUAA